UUUCCCCUCGGAUGACCGCGGCUAGAUAGGCCGUGGGCCAGAUGUGGAGCUGCAGGGUCGAGGCCUUGUUCCGGGUCUGGGGGUUAUGUCCAGCAUGGGUUCCCGGGAGGAGACCACUAAGCUGCAUUGCUGAGUCGCAGGCCCGAAGCAGCUCCCCCCGUUGUUGGAACUGCGGCGGCGGCCCAGGGGCCCCCGUGCGCGAGAAUGUGUUCUUCUGCCCGCAGUGCCGCGCGUUACAGCCACCCGACCCCGCUCGAGAUUACUUCAGCCUCAUGGAUUGCAACCGUUCCUUCAGAGUAGACGCCAUGAAGCUCCAGCAUAGAUACCAGCAACUACAGCGUCUUGUCCAUCCAGAUUUCUUCAGCCAGAGGUCUCAGACUGAAAAGGACUUCUCAGAGAAGCAUUCGACCCUGGUGAAUGAUGCCUAUAAGACCCUUCUGGCACCCCUAAGCAGAGGCCUAUACCUUCUCAAGCUCCAUGGAAUAGAGAUCCCCGAAGGGACAGAUUAUGAAAUGGACAAGCAAUUCCUCAUGGAAAUAAUGGAAAUCAACGAAAAACUUGCAGAAGCUCAAAGUGAAGCUGCCAUGAAUAAGAUUGAGUCCAUUGUCGCAGGUAAAGAUAAAACAGUGCCAAAUCCAUUUUAUUGUUACCAUGGGUACAUGCCUAGCAUUAAGUGA